GCACCGGCCCCUGAGCGCAAUGCAGCGGGGCAGCUCCGAGAGGGAGCUGGCGGCCCGGUGGGAGGCGGAGGCGGUGGCCGUGACCAAAGCGCUGGCGGCGGCGGAGCAGGUCCGCGUGGACUCGGGCGCGGCCGGGGAGCCGGAACGCAAGACGCCAGAGGAACAGCCCAAGGACCCGGCCCCGGCGCAGCCCCGCGCGGCCGAGGAGGGGGACGCCCGCGUCGUCCCGCGGCCGCCGCCCACGCUGCCCCCGGCCAAGCCGCAGGCGGCGCGGGCGCGGGGCCUCUGCCCGCACGGGAAGCCCCGGAGCAAGGGCCAGGGCGGCCGACGGAGCUCAGGCCGCGCGGCGGACGAGUACCACUCCCAGCGGCCCGUCACUGUGGACAGCUCCAAGGCCAGGACCUCCCUGGACGCCUUGAAGAUCAGCAUCCGCCAGCUCAAGUGGAAGGAGUUCCCAUUUGGCCGACGCUUGCCUUGUGACAUCUACUGGCAUGGAGUUUCAUUUCAUGACAAUGACAUAUUCUCCGGCCAAGUGAACAAGUUUCCAGGCAUGACGGAGAUGGUGCGUAAAAUUACUCUGAGCAGAGCCGUAAGAAUCAUGCAGAAUCUCUUUCCUGAGGAGUACAACUUCUACCCUCGCUCAUGGAUUCUGCCUGACGAGUUCCAGCUCUUUGUGGCUCAGGUUCGAAUGGUGAAAGACGGUGACCCAUCCUGGAAGCCCACUUUUAUUGUGAAACCUGAUGGUGGUUGUCAGGGUGAUGGAAUCUACCUCAUUAAAGACCCCAGUGACAUCCGCCUGGCAGGGACCCUUCAGAGCAGGCCAGCGGUGGUCCAGGAGUACAUCUGCAAACCUCUUCUUAUCGACAAACUCAAGUUUGAUAUUCGUCUGUAUGUCUUACUCAAGUCCUUAGACCCCUUAGAGAUUUAUAUAGCCAAAGACGGACUCUCUAGAUUUUGCACGGAGCCAUAUCAGGAGCCCAACCCCAAAAAUCUGCACCACAUCUUUAUGCACUUAACCAACUACUCGCUGAACAUCCAUAGUGGUAACUUUGUCCAUUCGGACAGUACUAGCACGGGCAGCAAACGGACUUUUUCUAGCAUUCUUUGUAGGUUGUCUUCCAAAGGUGUUGACAUCAAGAAGGUCUGGUCUGAUAUCAUCUCCUUGGUGAUUAAGACUGUCAUUGCCCUGACUCCAGAGCUCAAGGUUUUCUACCAGUCGGACAUCCCUGCAGGGAGGCCGGGGCCCACAUGCUUCCAGAUUCUAGGCUUUGACAUCCUUCUGAUGAAAAAUCUGAAGCCUAUUCUCCUGGAAGUAAAUGCAAAUCCCAGCAUGAGAAUCGAACAUGAGCAAGAACUUUCUCCGGGGGUCUUUGAAAAUGUCCCCAGCCUUGUCGAUGAAGAAGUGAAGGUGGCCGUGAUCAGAGACACACUACGCCUGAUGGACCCACUUAAGAAGAAAAGAGAGAACCAGUCUCAGCAGCUUACGAAGCCAUUAGCUGCAAAGGAGGAUCCUUCCGACAGUGAGCCGGCCAGCGCCUCCGACGGCAACGCGGAUCCCGAAGCCCACCUGCCCUCCAUCUGCCUUAAGCAGGUGUUCCCCAAGUAUGCCAAGCAAUUCAACUACCUGCGCCUGGUGGACAGGAUGGCAAAUUUGUUUAUCCGGUUCCUGGGGAUCAAGGGGACGAUGAAGUUGGGACCAACAGGCUUUCGGACUUUUAUAAGGAACUGUAAACUCAGCAGCAGCAGCUUGUCCAUGGCGGCCGUGGACAUCCUCUACAUUGACAUCACCAGGAGGUGGAACUCUAUGACCCUGGACCAGCGGGACUCAGGAAUGUGCUUGCAGGCCUUCGUGGAGGCUUUCUUCUACCUGGCUCAGAGGAAGUUCAAGACCCUGCCGCUCCACGAGCAGGUGGCCUCGCUGAUCGACCUAUGUGAAUACCACCUGUCCCUGCUGGACGAAAAGCGCCUGGUGUGUGGCCGCAGCGGCCCGGCGGGGGGCCGGCCCCUGGACAGCGGCAGCCCCCCGGACGCCACCCCCUCGGCCCCGCCGGUGGAGGGCCACCCCCCGUCCUGCACAAACAGCGCCCCCAAGACAGCGCAUUCCAGACACGCUCUGUCCUGAUGGCCACUCGAUGCUGCCGAUGAAGGGUAAGCCCUCCGGGGCCGAAGAGGACCCUCUGUGCUCCCCGCCUGUGGACAGAGGGCAGGCUGCGGAGAACCCCCGCGGGACAGCCCCCUGCCUGACAUGCCGUCUCCAUGUUCUGCUGAGCUGUGCUUUGAAACAGGCUGAUGGCACCCGCCCGCCUUCCUCUCGGUGGUCCAACUAUGUGUGAGUCAUCGGUGGACAUAUGACAUCCCAAACGCGACAGAUGGCAUCUUCUAUUCUGGGCUCACAGGAAGCAGCCACCGGGGUAAAACUGUUGCGUUCGGGGCACGGGGCGCCAGCGAUCCUGAGCCCGAGCUGCGGAGAGGAAAGAACUCGAGAGAGCUGAGACUUGGGUCUGCCGGGGCCUCCGAGAGAACACUGGUUAACUCCCGGGGACAUCACGCUGAUUUCCUGCCACCGUGCUGUGAAAACCGAGUGGAGUUAGUGUGUGGGCACGCCCGACUCUCCCAUCCCGAUCGCGUGCUCCCCGGGUGUAGUUAACAGACUGGCCUCAUUUAUUUCAUUAGCUUGCCUGUCA